AUGAGAAAUAAUUUGAUAAAAAUAAUUUCACUAACGCGCGUAAACAAUUCGCGAACCUUUAUCUAUAAUCAUAACAGAUCCUUCGGUAAUGCAAGUCCAAGACAGGAAGGUGUGGAGGCGGUUGCGCCUGCGCCGACCGCAGUCGAGCCUCUCGUGGACACAUUUGGUAGACGUCACAAUUAUCUACGAAUUUCCCUGACUGAACGGUGCAAUCUGCGAUGUCAGUACUGCAUGCCCGAAGAGGGAGUGCCGCUGUCGAAGCGCAGCGCACUCCUGACUCGCGAGGAACUAUCACGACUGACCCGCAUCUUUGUCCGGGCCGGUGUUGACAAGGUGCGAUUGACGGGCGGCGAGCCAACUUUACGUGCAGACUUAGCAGAUGUAGUGUCAGGGUUGCGCGAAGCCGGCGUGCAGAGCGUAGCGAUCACCACGAAUGGGCUUGUGCUGACUCGACGUUUGCCAGCAUACCAGCGCGCUGGCCUCACUCACAUCAACGUGUCGCUCGAUUCACUGCGUGCAGAACGAUAUGAGCACAUGGCUCGACGACCGGGCCUGUCCCGGGUGCUGGCCGGUGUGGACCUGGCGCUGCAGCUUGGCUAUAAACCAGUGAAGAUCAACGUAGUGCUAAUGAAAGGCUUCAAUGAUGACGAGAUCUGCGACUUUGUGGAGUACACUCGAGAUCGAGAGAUUGAGGUGCGGUUCAUUGAGUUCAUGCCCUUCUCGGGGAACAAGUGGGACGACUCGAAGCUGGUCCCAUACCGUGAUGCUUUGCGCUCCGUGUUUGCUCGCUACCCUGACUUGACGCCCGCCAAACCGCGAGACAACGACACUGCUACGAUGUGGCAGGUUCCGGGCCACGCUGGCAGCGUGGGCUUCAUUCACUCUAUGACGCAAAACUUCUGUUCUACCUGCAAUAGACUAAGGCUUACCGCUGACGGGAACCUCAAGGUAUGUCUGUUCGGUGCGAGUGAAGUGUCGUUGCGCGACGCGUUGCGCAGCGGCGAGUCCGACGAUCGGCUCGACGAGCUCGUGCGCACCGCGCUAUACAACAAGAAGGCUCGACACGCCGGGCGGCCUCGCUCCGCUCAGUGUGUGGGAUCGUUCACAGCGCGGGGGGCGCAGCCGCGCCGCAGGCUGCUGGCCGCCGCCGCGCCGCGCCGCCUCGCCGCGCGCGCCUUCAGCUCGCGCGCCGACUCCGACGACGAGGGCGGCGCCUUCUCGCACCUGGACGCGAGCGGCACCGCGCGCAUGGUGGACGUGGGCUCCAAGCCGGCCACGCGCCGCGUGGCGGUGGCGUCCUGCUCGCUGCACGUGAGCGGGCGCCUCCUGCGCCUGCUGCGCGACGCGCGCCUGCCCAAGGGCGACGCGCUCACCGUGGCGCAGCUGGCGGGCGCGAUGGGCGCCAAGCGCACGGCCGAGCUCAUCCCGCUGUGCCACCCGCUGGCGCUGGACAUGGUGCGCGUGCGCGUGGAGCUGCCGCGCGGCGAGUGCGCGACGGGCGGCGCGGUGCGCGUGAGCUGCGAGACGCGCGUGCGCGCCUCCACCGGCGUCGAGAUGGAGGCGCUCACGGGCGCCGCCGUGGCCGCGCUGGCGCUCUACGACAUGUGCAAGUCGGUGGACCGCAGCAUGCGCAUCGGCGACCUGCGCGUGGAGCACAAGAGCGGCGGCCGCAGCGACGCGCCGCCCGCGCAGGAGGCGCCGCCCCCGCUGCGCGCGCUGGACCAGUCGCCCAACCGCCAGGACGAGACCUACGUACCCACCAACCUCAUGCACUUCUAA